GUGCGUUGAGGAACGAAAAGAUUUUUGAUUAAUGCUCAGAUUUGAGCACUCCUCCACUUCUCUAUAAAAUAAUUGAUCAUUUUGCACUGUCUUCAGUAAAUUUAGCUGCAAUGUCUCACCGAUUUACAAAGGAGGAGGUAUCUCAAAGAGAUGGGAAAAAUGGUCGAGAAUGUUGGUUGAUAAUUAAAGACUCAGUGUACAAUGUGACGGGAUAUUUAAAAGAACAUCCAGGUGGAGAUGAUUUGAUCCUUGAAUGGGGUGGCAAGGAUGGAACGAGAGCUUUCAAUGAUUUCGGACACUCAAGUGAUGCUGUGAAGGAUUUAAAGAAGUUUAAAAUUGGAGAAUUAGCCGAAGAGCCCAAACCGACCGCCAAACAAUCUAGUCAAUCAAUCAGUAAAGAAAAUGAUGUGAAGAAAAAGAAAUCUUAUUCAUGCCUGUUGCUUUGUAGAUAAUAUAUUUUAGUGGAAAUAAAUUUAAUUC